CUACUGUUUGACCCUACGCGCCGUAAGAUUACGUUCUUCUCUUGUGUGGACAGCGUAGCGUGAGUCAUUUGCUUCUGUUUCUCUUCAGAAUUCGCGCCGUGAGCGAUUGUUUUAGACUUUCUCCGCCAUGUCCUCAGAUCCAAGUAGCUAUGGCAGCUAUGGGGGACCACCACAACAAAAUUAUUCUGGAUAUGGUAAUCAGGGUAACCAAAACGUAGGACAGUCUGUACAAGACUAUUCAGGUUAUGGACAAACAGCAGAAUCAGCCUAUGGACAAGGCUACGGUAGUUCUGGCUCCUCCGGGCAAAGCUAUGGCAGCUCUGCCGCCUCCACACAAAGCUAUGGUGGCUCUGUCUCCUCAGGGCAAGGCCAAUCAGGUUAUGGGCAUGGUGGCUCAUCUUAUGAAAGUCAACAACAAUAUGGGAGCUAUGGACAACAAAGCUCAGAUCAACCCAGAGGAGGAGGGUUCAGCAGCAGAAAUCCAUCCAGUGAUAACCAGUCUGGUAAUGCUGGGUCACAGCAACAGGAAUCGUAUGACCAGUACGGGUAUGGACAAAAGCAGAAACAAGGCUACGGGCAGCAGCAGUCUUACUCCUCACGGAAAGAAGAUGAUCGAAGGGACUCAGACAGGUAUGGUGAUAGUAACAAAGACUACAGUGGGUCCCUUGGUUAUGGAGGAGGCAGAGGACGUGGUGGCUAUGAUACUGACAAAAGAGGCUUUGCUGGCGGCAUGAGCGGUGGUGAUCGGAGUGGCUUCAAAAAUUAUGGUGGUUCUAGUGAUAGUGGAAGCAGAUCGGAGCCAGAUGAUCAGGACAAUUCUGACAACAACACAAUAUUUGUCCAGAAUAUGGGUGAGGAUGUAGCUCCAGAGCAGGUGGCUGACUACUUCAAACAGAUUGGAAUAAUAAAGAUUAACAAGAAAACUGGCAAACCAAUGAUUAAUCUCUACACUGAUAAGGAGACUGGCAGGUCCAAAGGAGAAGCCACUGUGUCAUUUGACGAUCCUCCAUCAGCCAAAGCAGCCAUUGAUUGGUUUGAUGGGAAAGAUUUUCUUGGCAAUAUUAUCAAGGUCUCAUUUGCCACUCGAAGGCCGGAGUUCAUGAGAGGUGGAGCAAGUAGUGCUAGUGGUGGUGGUGGUAGACGUGGCGGUGGUCACAGAGGUGGUGGAUUUGGCGGACGUGGCUCUUUUAGAGGUGGUAAUAGUGAACCACAGAAUGGUGAUUGGCGCUGCCCAAACCCCUCCUGCGGCAACGUUAAUUUUGCCAGAAGAGAUUCUUGUAACCAGUGCAGUGAGCCUAGACCAGAGGACUCAAGACAGGGUGGAGACCGUGGAAGAGGUGGCUAUGGAGGAGACAGGGGCUUCAGAGGGCGUGGAAGAGGAGGUGACAGAGGUGGAUAUGGAGGAAAGAUGGGAGGAAGGAAUGACUUUAGAAAUGAUCAACGUAACCGUCCUUACUAAACUAAAUAAUUCAGAUAUUUUGUUCUACAAAUGGCCUCCAUAUAGUUGGAAGGAUUGUCACGGGACUCUUACUUAAUUUUUGUGCUUUUUUUUUUUUUUUUUCUUUUUUUUUUUUUUUUCUUUGUUCCCAAAAGAAUGUGAGGAUUGUUUUCCUUUUUAUCACACCCUCUGAAAUGUCAUAUUUCUAGAGCGUUAUCCCCAUUUGAUUAAAUUCAAUCCAUCUGAAAGUAUAUGGAAUAUUGCCAAAAUGUGUUUUUUGUAAUACAAUAAAUAAGACUUGUUUUUAUUACUCUA